AUGCCUCCCCAUGGAGCUCAUGCGGCAAAUGCCAUUGAGGUUGUUGAAGAUGCUCGCUUGGUCAAAGAUGUGAUCGAAUUGGGCUCUCUAUUGCCAUUAUUGAAGACGGAAUUAUUGAGGAUGGAUCUAUACUCUGGUUGUGGAGAAUUUUGUGUUGAUUGCAUGGCCAUUUCCUCAGUUUGUGAUAAGGUGAAAAGUGGGGUUCAACAGCUAAUAGAUAGUGGGUAUCUACAGUUUGAGCGUGUGCGUCGUCCUGAAAUGGUUGAAAACGAAGUUAAUGUGGCAUCCAUUCUGUAUACUCCUGCCAAGAUUCCAAUUCCUGCCCGAGCACCUCCUUUGGUUAUUACAUUGCUUGGUCCCGUCCCGUAUACUAGUGAAAGAGCAAUCCCAUGGAAUUAUGGGGCAGAAGUUUUCUACCAAGGGGCCAAGUAUGAGAUCAAGUCUCCGGUUGAGAAAGAGGAUGUGGAUAAUGUUGUUGGCAUUGGAAGAAUGACAAGGAGUGGUCGUGUUUUCAAUCCUACCCAGAAUGCUCGCGAUGAUAAUGAAGAGGCUCUAGCUCAAGCUAAAGGGAAAAGAGUGGUAGAAGAUACAGUGGAUCAGGGGCAAAGCUCCAAUUCUGAAGAUACUGUGGCCAAAGAGAUGGAAGAGUUCCUAAAGAUCAUCAAGAAAAGUGAGUAUAAAGUGGUUGACCAACUGAGUCAAACUCAAUCAAAGAUUUCGAUUUUGCAGUUGCUCUUGUGUUCGGAGACACAUCAAAACGCGUUGUUGAGACUUCUAAGUACUGCCUUUGUCCCUCCGGAGAUCUUAGUGAAUCAACUUGAAGGAGUGGUGUCAAACAUCAACGCUGGCAAUGGGUUGGGAUUCACUGAUGCAGACUUGCCUUCCGAAGGCAGAAACCACAAUAGAGCUUUGCAUAUAUCAGUGGAGUGUAAAGGGACUAUGUUAUCACGUGUUCUCGUGGAUACUGGAUCUUCUUUGAAUGUAUUACCGAAGUCGUCUUUGGUGAGGCUAGAUUAUUCUGGUGUUGAGAUAAGGCCGAGUGAACUGACGGUGAGAGCUUUUGAUGGCUCAAAGAGAUCAGUUUGUCUCCUGGGACGUCCAUGGAUCCAUGCUGCUGGGGCCGUGACUUCCACAUUGCAUCAAAAACUCAAGUUCGCAACUCAAGGAAAGAUAGUCACCAUAUGUGGGGAAGAAGAACACGUAGUAAGUCAUCUCGUGUCUUUCAGGUAUAUCGAGGUGGAAGGAGAGGUCCACGAGACACCAUGCCAAGCUUUUGAGGCUGUCCAGACUAUCAAGAUCCCUUAUGUUGAAAAUAACAAAUUGGAGGCCCCCAUGUCUUCACUAAAGGAAGCCAGAGCUGUGGUUGAGUCUGGUCAUCCUGAAGGAUGGGGCCGAGUCUUGGAUUUACCGAUCAAGCAGGAUAAAUGUGGGAUUGGUUAUCAAGUGGGUCAGAGUUCGUCUAAUGAGGCCCCUAAGAAGCCCGGAACUUUCAUUCCGAUCAAGUUCUCUAGUGCUGGCAUUGUCAAGGAUCAUAUUUGUGCUGCUGAUGACGAUAUGGAUAGCGAUUAUGAUAUCGAGGGAUGGAUCAAGCCAUGUGUCCCAGGACAGAAGCUUCUCAACUGGUCAUCUGAGGACAUCAUCUCAAUUGCUUUUGAUCAAGAGUAA